AUGACAAGUACACCAAUAACUUACAAAACAUUAGCUGAUUCUAUAUUAAAUGAUCUAAUCAACAAUAUCAUUAAACAACACACAUUAACUAGUUUAACCAACAUUAAAGAUCAUUCUUCAUUAUUAAAUUCAUCCAAUGCCAACCUCAACUCCAAUGGUACAGCUUCUAUUAUUGCCAAUAAUGGUGGUACAAGUGAUGAAAAUAAUACUGAAAUGGAAAAUUCCACAAUUCAAGAUAAAUCGAAAUUAAAACAAUUAGAAACAUCAAGAUAUUUCCAAUGUCUUAAUUGUGGUAGAAAUAUUGCCGGUGGAAGAUUUGCAUCUCAUAUAAGUAAAUGUUUGGAACGGAAAAGGAAAUGA